AUGGUCCGCUCGCGUGUUCUUUCGUUUAUCUCGGCCUUCGGCCUGCCAAAAGGCGACCAAGCGACAACCUCCAAAGGAGGUGCCAGCACUUCUUCUUCUUCUUCACCAGUACCCGUCUCGAACAAUCGAACGAAACUCGCAAAGAACAAUACCGCUCCGCCAGGCGAUUCUUCUUUUUCUCAGCACGGCCCCGUACCAUGGUCCAAUUCAGAUCGACCGAGCCUCACGCGACCAGCGUCUAUGGCCUUCACCUACCAACCUCGACAGACAGAAAUCGAACAUGAUACGCUCCCAGAGCUAUUGCCCAUCUUUACAUUCAUGAACAGUCAUUCGAACAAGCUGUACCAAGAAGGAUACUUCCUCAAGCUAAACGACCUAGACACCCAGGGCCGGCCUAGUGCGGAUCGAAAAUGGGUUGAAUGUUUUGCACAACUUGUGGGGACUGUACUUUCGAUCUGGGAUUCCGCUGCGCUGGACGCAGCAGGUGGCGAACAAGAAGUAACUCCUACUUUCAUCAACCUUGCGGAUGCCUCGAUUAAAAUGCUCGAGAGCCUGCCCACAUAUACAAAGGCCAAAUCUUUACAAAAUGUCCUGAGUGUCUCGACGGCAGGCAGAAAUCGCUAUCUUUUCCAUUUCAAUUCCUUUCAUUCCCUUACUCAAUGGACUGCCAGUAUUCGACUUGCCUUGUUCGAGCAUAGAUCUUUGCUCGAAGCUUACACAGGCUCUAUCAUCGCUGGCAAAGGCAGAGAAUUGAACAAUAUCCGAAGGAUCAUGGAGCGCUCUCGGUACAAGUAUGAGGAUUGGGCAAGAGUCAGAUUUGGUGCUGGGACACCAUGGAGACGUUGUUGGUUUGUUGUGACACCACCAAGCGACAAAGAUUAUCAGAAAUUGCACAAAUCCUCCAAGAAAAAGUCAGUAUAUGAUCGUACCACGCCGAUCUUGACCGGUGAAAUCAGGUUUUACGACACAAAGAAAACAAAAAAGGCAAAGCCGAUUGCAACAGUCACUAAUGCUUAUGCCGCCUUUGCCAUUUACCCUCAAUCGAAGCUCCUGAUAGACCAGUCUACCUUGGUUAAAAUAGAGGGAAACAUAACCAUGAAUUCACAGCCUCAAUCCACAACGGAAGGGUUCGUUUUCAUCAUGCCAGAACUUCACCCAGCUGUGUCCGGCCUCGAGAUUAUGUUACGGUUCCUCUUUCCGGUAUUUGACACGUUUGGACUUUAUGGACGACCAACUCGACUCAUUGCAGACACAAACAAUUCAAAGAGUUUGAUGUUCGCUUUUCCCAAAUCACGACAUUAUGGCUAUCUGGACGUGCUUGAUGUCGUAAACCUCAUCAACAAAUCCGGCAGCCAAGGUUGGUCUGAGAGAGACUGGAGGGCGCAACUUAGGGAAGCAACUGGGCAGCGCAUGUCUACUGUGAACAGCCCAGCGAGCAGCAUUAGUGGUGGCCGACAGCAUCUCUGGUCCAGUUUACCUAACCGCCACACCAAAACUCGAUUUCAGGAACCUUCUCAACCUCUUUCUGCAGGCUUCAACCAGUCCUCUGAUGCUAUCAUUGAAACUCCUGUCUCAAUCACCGAAUCUCCUGUUUUCGAUUCAGCACAACCUUAUGGACAUUUUCGAGCAAUAUCGGACACUGGUGCCCUCCACACUACUAGUCCAGGAAAAACCUAUGCUACCACGAGACUGUCAGUUCUGGAAACACCUCCUGAGCCUCCUGUUCAUGGCAUUACUUCCUCGUUAUCAGAAGAUCGCCCUGAAACUCGCCAAUCUAGUAGCGGAAGUGGCUCUGAUGGUGAAAUGCAGCUACAUGAUGUACCUCAGUCAGUCCAUGAUUUCCACCCGAACGAACCUCCUGCACCUGUUGCUGCACCGCCGGCCUUUGCGCAUCAACCAGGGGAAGUUCCUGCUAGCCGACCGAAAACUUCGCAGGAGAUGCGAAAGGCUAACAACCGUAUGUCUAGCGCAACACUAGCACAGUUAGCUGAUGUGAGCAAAAUGCGGAUCGCCGCGGCCGGGUUCUCGGAUAUUCAAGAGAGCCCGUAUUCAGAGGAGCUGGAUUCACAAUUGGAAAUGAACCAAGGCUCUUCGGGCGAUUCGUAUGCGUACGCCGACCAAGAACAAGCACCGGCCGUGCCAGUACAUGCUGAUACACGCAGUAACCGACUUCAACAACCUGCUCCGCAGCGGGCUAUUCAGGCAACGCCAAGUCUCCGCAUCGAUACGUCCAAAGUUACGAAAAGGAAACCUGUGCCUCCCCAGGCAGUUUCCCCCUCUGCAUAUUCCGUAGAAACCAGUGGAAGAACCGACUUUAAUCCCCAAGAGGAUCCGGUAUCUGCGUUGACUGAUCCGAGCAUGAGAGACUUGCAGCACACUGUUGAUGAGGCAGCUUUGAGCAGAAUAUUGCCCCGUCAGAUAUCUUUUCUACAUGAAAGGACCAUGACUCAAAAUUCUAGGCCUGAUGACGAGAGCAUUUACGAUGAGAGGUCAAUUUCUCCUGACUAUGCAAGCACGCGCAAGUCAACAGACACGAAGCGCUCGGAAGUCUCUAUUCCUCGCCCGAGAAUGGGUGUCUUGAAGACAGUGGGAGAUGCACCUCCAAGCAAACAGGAAGUUACAAUUGGGGAUGCUCAUUACUUUGCUAAUGAGCAACUACCAAAGGAAAAUCCCGAUAUCCCAACUAUUGACUUUGGACCGACGUUGAUUCAUAGUUUGCACACACGAGGUCCUAGUAUGUCUGAUAUGUUGAACAACGACCCUAACUCAGCUGCUCGCCGUGUUGGUGGAGAAGGCCAUGCUCGAAAGCCGUCACGUUCUCCUGCUGGGGAUGAAAAGCGCAGAAGCGUUGUUUGGCAGCCGGGUCUAGCAAGCUAUCGUCCAGAGUCUCCCGCAAAUCGCGCCAUGACACCUGAGCAGUUCGUCCAUCAACGGUCCAGUUCUAACUCUCGACCGUUAGAUUAUCCAAUUGCUAGCCAGGGUGCCAGGCCGCGUUCAGGUGGUGACUGGCCGUUGGGAGCUUCCCAACUGCAUGCAGGUCAAGACUUGCCUCCUCGUUCCCAGUCUCGAGGCUCUACGAUGUUGUUGAACCAGAAUGACAUGCCCAUUCGUCCUCAUUCACGAGGUUCCACCAUGUUACUUAACCAAAAUGAUAUGUCCGUUCGUCCUCAGUCGCGUGGCUCUGCCGCCUUGUUGAGUCAGAAUGAUAUAUCUUCUCAUCUAUCCGCUAGAGAACAGGAGCACAUCGCUCGCAUGACUGGUUCGGCUUUUUUCAACUUCUCUCAUAAUAAUUCGAAGCCGGCUGUUAGUUCUGGCGGUCUCAUUGGGGCCAUUGACGCUCGGGAGAGAGAAAAGCAAUACAUGAAGGAGGGUCUUAGCAAUCAGCUCGUGCAAACCGCUAUUGCACAACGCCAACAACAGCAAAUAUACGAGGCGCAGCAGAUGCAACACUCCGGAGUUGGCAGUAUCUACAACAUGCCGGGCGCAAGCUACACUUGGGAUAAUCUGAAUCAUAACGCUUUCAAUCAGGCGCACAUGGUUCCUCGUCCCGCGACAAGUUCAGACUGGCAUGUGUGGAACGGGCCUGUGGCAUCUCAAACGCCACCUCCAGCGACUCAGCAGCCUAAUCACUAUUUCCAAAGCUAUCAGAAUUAUUAA